CUCUGAUAAGCUGCAAGGAGAGUUGCAGGAAAAACAAGCGGUGAGCAGCGAGGAACAAUGUGGCAUUGAGCCGCUCAGCUGAGCGUCCUAAUCCUUCUGCUGCAGGCCUGUCAUGCGCCCGCUCUGCAUCAAUGGAGGAGAUUGUCUGACUCUCUGAGAUUUGCUUUCACAUACUGGUAAUUUAUUUGGAAAUUCAUCGGUUUGCGUCAACAAGUUCACAAUGAAGAUGAGUUCACAUUGUUACAACUGCUCUUAUGUCAUGGAACAUUAAGUCUUUGUCUUGGCCAAAUGUUUGCUUAUUUCCUGUAUGUUUUGCACACGUUCUGUAGGCUUUGUCUUCGGUCUUAUUUUUAUUUCACUAUAAAUACUCCUCGGGAAAAAGUCCCAAAGCAUGACAUCGAUACUAAAUAAAGAUGAGAUUAAUGUAGCGUUAUAGUGACAUUGACACAUGACAAUGAAUGUACCCUUUGUAGUGGUUUUAUUUGGUCUCUACAGACACGUUUUUGUAGAAGAUUUUAAGGGGAAUUUUUUUAGUUAUUUAAAGAAGACGUUUAUGAAAAAUUAGAGAGGGUAACAUCUUUAGGAAUCUGAGACUAGGAACCUGGCGAGCGUCUGAUAACGGCUGCAGACAGAAGGAAAACUUCCUUGAGGCUCUUAUUUUCAUACUGCCGUAUUACAAGUGUGUAAAUAUUCAUGCAAUUUGGCAUGCAGACUCUUGCACAGCUUUAAGAGUUGAAACCUUUCCAAGCACUCGAUGUGAGACAGAGGUGACAGUAUUCAUGUUGCUUUGAUUCCCUUUAAUGAUCUGAUAUCGCAUAAUAUUAAGUUCAGCCCAGGUGAAGAACGUCGUGUUUAACCCCGAUACAUGGCAUCAAGUGUAAUUGAAUCUGCUAUUUUUCCCACAACUGUUGCCUGCUGCCGUUUUCAGAGCACAUUUUCACCUGGUGAUGAGGUGUUAUUGUUCAAAUUAGAGGCCGAGCCAAAUAGUGGGGUCGUAUAAGGCUCAGUCAUUUCAAAUUCGUGUUAAAGUUUGGUUUUCACUUCCAAGUUGAAGUUUAGGGUCUACAGAAAAAUUUGAGUCCGAGUGUCAAACACACAGAUGAAAAAUGGCCUCUAGGGGGCGCCGCAAAAUAUGUAAACUGCUACAACUUUUGAUUAGAUUAUCCAAUUUUAACAUAUGAGGUAUGUAUGGAUUCAGAAUUAAAAGGAGAAACAGGUAUACCAAGCAUUUGGUGACCAGAUAAAAAUAAAUACACUUUUAUCCCAAAAUAUUACAUGGACACAAGCGAAAUUAUGCUUUUUUUGGAGAUAAAGUCUGGAAAUGUCCUCAAAGUUGCUAUGAAACAUGAUUUUUAAAGUUAUUGUAAAUAAAGGCUGUGUAAUGACUCGACUGGAUUUAAGAUUGGUGUUCAGAAUAUCCCUAUAGCACAAACAUACUUUAUGGGAAAGCUUUCAUUGUGCUGGAAAGCCGGAGUGGGAAUUUGGAAGAUUUUUUCUGCCACGAGUCUUCGCCAUACCCACCUGCAUUGUCAUGCGAAGGAUCCCUCAACUCCUGUACGAAAUCAGAUUUGUUGUUUUACAUCCUGGGGAAUCCUAAGAGUGGAGGAAUAUCUGACAGUGAGGAGAUAGUUGCACCAGAUCUUUAUGAUUUCAUUGUCAUUGAUGGUGGAGCACUUAUCCAUUCACUGCCUGGCACGACUGUCCAAGGGAAGACCUUUGAGUCCUACUUCGACAAGGUGUUCUGCCCAAGAGUUCAACGUGACCUGAAAAGAUCAAAACGAGUGGACAUCGUCUGGGACCAGUAUCGUGCUUUGACAAUCAAAGGAGGAACAAGAGAAAAGCGAGGAUCAGGCACCCGACAACGCAUCUCUGGCACUGCCAAAGUCCCAAGAGAUUGGCAGGCAUUUCUGGCAAAUGAGGAUAAUAAGACAGAACUGUUUUCAUUCCUGUCAACUGCGCUUGUAACAAAUGGACAGUUCCCAGAUGACAAAGAUGUCUACAUAACAGCAGAUGAUUGCGUCCAUCAUGUUGGAAACAGUCCUCCAAUGGAUCGCUGCAACCACGAGGAAGCUGACACUCGUGUCCUAGUGCAUCUUCUCCAUGCCCUCCAAACAGCAUCAGUUGGGAUGGUCUAUACUGGAGACACAGAUGUUGUCGUAAUCCUGCUGAGUAAUUUCCAUCAUAUCAAGGCUUUGAAUGCAACUGCAGAAAUCUGGAUCUGCUUCAAAACUGGAAAGACAUCAAGAAUGAUCUCCCUGAACACUCUCGCCACAAAACUGGGCACAGAAACAUGUAAAGCCAUGGCUCUCUUCCACGCAUUCACGGGAUCAGACAGCACAUCUUCUUUCAAGUUCAGGGGUAAGCGAUCCUGCUGCAAAUUGAUGCACGACGUUCCACACUUGACAGAGGAGUUCGCAACCAUCAUUGAGACUCCAUUCCAAACCUCUCCCAGGCUGAAAGAAGUUGCAGUAAACUUUGUCUGUAGGCUGUACUCCAGUGAAUCAAAUGAGGAAAAUGAUGUUGAUCUUCUUCGAAUGAGGCUAUUCUCACAGAAGACGAGGGAUGUUGAAAGAAUCCCCCCAACAAUGGAUGCUUUGGAUCUACAUCUCAAAAGGAGUGUCUUCCAAGCAAGCAUCUGGACAACAGCCCACAUGUCUAUAAUGCCUGACAACAACCCCACUGACCAUGGGUGGAAAGAAGAGGACAGCAAACUUCUUCCCAUUUGGACUACGAUACCACUUGCCAAAGACGUAUUACAACUAGAUGUGAAGUGUGGUUGUACAAGUACUUGUACAAGUCGACCUGCCAGUUCUCGGUGCAAGUGCAUGAAGGCGAAGUUAAAGUGCACACGUCUGUGCAAGUGCACAUGUCAGAACUUCUAAGACUGACAUAGAAUAAAUCAAAGAAGUAAAUUAUAGUUAUCAUUGUAGAGUGAAGUUCUCAGAAUAAAUGUUAGCCCUAUGGUCCUCUGUUCAUUUUUUGAAUGCCAGAAAAACUAUUGUUUAUCUUCUUAUUGUUAUUGAUUUACUUUCUUCCAGAUAUAAAGUUCUUUUGUGAAAAUUUCUUGUGAAUAAAAUGAUGGCUUGUUG